AUGAUACGUUCAAGCUUUAUAUGUCUGCUUUUGUCUUGUGUUAUAUGUUCGUUUUGUGGCAAAGAUUUUGUGUCUCUUGGUCGGCAUCAAUGGCGUUGUAAAGAGAAGAUUACCGACCCUUACUCAAAUGUCUACCCAAAUCAUCCUACAUCAUCUAGAAUAAGUGCGGAACCCGUCAUCUCCUCGCCUAAUUCAGGUAUUAAUAAAAAGUCUGGUACCAAGUGUUAUUGUGGGAAAAUUUGUAAAGGAACUCGAGGUUUGAAAAUGCAUCAACGAAACUGUCAGGUCAUCUUGGGGCUCAAUAAUGAGUUAGUGGAUAAUAUAUUCGAACAUGAGGAAUGCAACAACAUCUGUGGCGAAAACCUAAACGACCUUGACAGCACCUCAAACCCCAAUACUAAUUAUGGCAAGGAAUAUCCUGAGUUAAAAAAGGGUAUAAAUCUUCCUAAAACCGACUCAGAAUGGCAAACGGCUAACGAAGAUUUCAAAUUUUCAUUAAUGUCUUAUCCACCAAUCAGAAGUACCGAUUUGAAUACAUCAAUUAAGCUAUUAAAUAACACCAUCUACAGCUACUUUGCUGGAAAUUUUGGUUUUACGGAAUCUCUACCUAAUGAUUUGCUCGUUAAGAAAUAUAAAAGUCACAGCAUAAAGGAAUUAAAGAAAGCAUUGAAAUAUCUAAAAUCAUCAAACUCUGAUCUAGCUGAAAUCAGAUAUGUAUCUCGUCUCGUGCGUAAUAUGCUAAAAUCCGACACAACUAAUAAUAUAGACGAAUCGCUUAACCACGACAAAUAUAUAGGACGCAAUUUCUGGGGAUAUGUGAAGAAAUUUAUCGAAUGCAACCAAUCUACUCUUCCUACCUUUAAUAUGGACGAUUGUUUAAGAUAUUUUAAGACAGUUUUGACCAAGAUAAACCCAAACAAAAUAUUUAACAUUCCAAAUUGGAUUCCAAAAUUACCUAAUCCCCUCAUUGAAUUUGACCUUCAACCCCCAAAUUAUCAACAAACAACAAAUAUAAUUCGUAAAAUGAAAACAUCUGGCUCUCCUUGUCCUCUUGAUCAAAUCUCUAUUAUAUGUUUUAAACGUUGCCCGUACCUCCGAACAUAUUUAACCGAACUAAUCCAAGCGGUCUGGCUUUCUGGGUCUGUUCCUGAUGAAUGGAAGAAAGCUUGUACUAUAUUAAUACACAAGAAAAAUGAUACUAAUCUUCCUGAAAACUUUCGUCCAAUAACUCUUCAAUCCGUGCCGUUGAAAGUAUUCACUUCAUGUAUCCGUAAUGCAAUGUUCUUGUAUUUGAUUGCUAAUAACUUCACCGAACACAGCAUUCAGAAAGGAUUCACUCCUUAUAUAUCGGGAACAUUUGAACACACAGCUCAAAUGGCCUAUAUUAUUAACCAAGCACGAAUAAGACAGCGAUCUCUCGUCAUAACCCUACUUGACCUCAAAAAAGACACCAUAAUCUGA